AUGGAGCGUGAGUUUGAGACGGAGACGAUGGUGACGGAGAGUGCGGGACAGGUUUUUGCGGAGCGCGUCGAACGGGUGGACGUCGAGGGGACGACGCUCGGAGACGACGACGACGAAGACGAGGGGUCGUCGGCUGGGAAGCGGGCGCUGAUGUACGCGCUCGUCGCAGCGGUCGUCGCGGCGUUCGCGUACAGUGAUGUGACCGUGAUGUUCCCUUGGUUGGCUCCGAUGCAGACGUUAGCGCGCGGGCUCGUGGACAUGGUCGCGGCGGGCGUGGAUUAUUUGGUCGAAAUGUUGCUCGACGCGUACGACGCCGCCAUAUUGGGCUGCAUCAACGUCUUCACGUGGUUUCAGACUUUGCUUCUAACUCCAGGUGGCGUCGUGUCGAACGGUGCCAAAGCGUCGCAGUCCAUCAUGGCGGAUCCGAGCGGCGUGGUGUCCAAGGCGCUCGGAUUGUUGUGCGCCAAGCCGUUCAUGUCCAUCGCCGCGGUGUUGUUGACGCUUUCUCGCGUCGUCGUGUCGUGGACGUUCGCGGCGGCCGAGUACGCGUGUGCGCUUUUGUAUGCUAUGCCAGUGUACGUUGCCGUACCGCUUGCCGUUGUGUCGUACAUUCUCAUAAGGAAACGUCAGCUCGUCAACGUGGAGACGAGCACCAUGAGGACGAAGAAGAAUUUAGCCAAGGCCAAGGCGAAAGCGGCGACGUACGUCGCGUCGGGCGCCGCCACGGGAGCGAGCGCUAAAUGGGCCGCUCGACUCGCGGAUUCAUCCACUCAAUCCAACGAGACCUCCGCCGCGGCGAUAAAUUAUGACGUCGUCACCGAAUACAAGUCGCCGGCCCCGAGAGAACUCGUGCUCGACUCGACGUUGAGCGAGUUCGCUUCUAGCGGGUAUUCAAGUGACGCGACUUACUCGAGCUCGUACAGCUCAACGAGUGACGCGUCUUACUCGAGCUCGUACAGCUCAUCGAGUGACGCGGAGAUUGUCGCGACACCAGUGAACUACGACCAGUACUUCAGCUCAGCAAACUCUGAGUCGCGAAGCAGCUUUUCAGGUAUGGGAUUGUACGACUUUGAGGAGGCGUACACGAAUCGCGAGGCGUUGAUGGGCGGAUAUAGCGUCGAUCAGGCCGAGGUAGAGCGCCUGUAUGCCGAGUUGAUGCCUAAGGACGCCGGCAUUCCGCUUCCCGUCUUCGAGGUGAAGACAGAGGAGCGAGGUGAGUCAGAAGAGACAAAGCUGGUAGAGACGAAGUCGAUGGAAGCCAAGAUGGUCGAAGCCACCUCGACUGAAAGUGUGAUUGCGUCCUCAUCCUCGUCCUCAUCCUCGUCCUCAUCCUCGUCCUCAUCCUCGUCCUCAUCCUCGUCCUCAUCCUCGUCCAAGGUUGAGGUCAAGAUGGAGGCGACCUCGACUGCGGGCGUGCAAACAGUCAAGAAAGAUGGGAGCAAGAGUAAGGAGGCGUUCAUGAACUUUCUGGACUCCGUGAAGAGUGGUGAAGUUGUCAAAGGACUGACUUCGGCCGUUGAGCAAGUGGCGACGAAGUCUGGGAACACUCCGUCACUUCCGCCGGGCACCCGCAAGAUUUCGGCGAGCGAUGAGGAAAUAAGCGAGGGAACGGUGAUUAAGAAGAAGAACCCUUAA